ACUAUUCUUUUGUCGUGCUGGAUAGCCUGUUAGCUUGUUAGCCUGUUAGCUUCUCGUUGAAGCAGUUCCACCAGCUGUUUCUUCGUUUACAUUGGUGUUUACAUUUGCAAACGCUGCAAGCGGUUAACGAAUACAUUCGCACGUUGUUGCGAGUUUACAGACGACAAAAAAAUAGCCGUGUGCUAACUCUAGCUAACAGAAAUUGCUAGCUAACAAAUCAAACCAACAACGUUAUCGUUUCUUGAACUUCCUAAGUUAGAUAUUAAUGGCAGACUGUUGGAACACAGAUACCGGAGAAGCUGUGUAUCGGUCCCGGGAUGCUGUCAAAAACUUAAGAAUAAAGGUGCGCAUAGAGAGGAUGACCUCAACAGCAGCCCUCUCUCAGCACCUCCAGCACCAAAUUCUUUCCCAGCAAGAAAGAGGAGCAAUUGAAAUGGAAACACUCACCUCACAAGGCCAGACAGGUGAUAAUGAAGAGGAGCUGGUGGUGGGCUGGCAGGAGAAACUCUUCAGUCAGUAUGAGAUGGAGCUGUUUCAAAACGAGGCAGCAUGUCAGACCCCUCUGGACCGUCAGUAUCACACAGAAGUUAAGGCCCUGAACAGGGCCAAGGGUAGACCAAAUCACAGGAUUUUCACAUACACUGAUCAUGACCGCUACACUAGCUGGCUUCCAUUCCACCAACUGCAGCACUCCAUUGACUUUUUGACCACAACUAAAUCCAGCCCCACAUUCCUGGCUGAAAGGAUGGCCAGCGUGAGACACAGACGGCAGGACAGACGCACUAUGGAUUGUAGUAUCCCUAAGUCAAAGAUCAUCAACUGGGAGCCCACAGAGGAAUUUGUGAAGAGCAGUCAUGUGGUGAAUAGUACCAUGCAGGCCAUGCACAUCAUGGCAGACCUAAGCCCCCCUGGAAGGCUGGGCCAGAAAGAGUAUGAAUGUUUGCUGGUAACCAUAAAAACAGAUGGCAGUGGAACAGUUGUUGUAAAACCUGACUUCAACAAAGGCAAAGAGCCCUACAGGAUUGCAUCAGAUGGGAGGAAGAAUGAAGUUUGGCGUCUCACUGUCGAGAAUGUAUCCACACCCAUGCAACCAGAGGAAAAGGAGAGGGAGGAGAACAUGUACAAAGAUCUGUAUGUACGGCACAAGGAGUACCUCAAUAGCCUUGUUGGACAUGACUUUGAAAUGCCUCCUGGGGGUGUUCUGCGGUACCUGAUGAAUGGAGAGAUAGUCUUAGCCAAAGGCUUUGAAUAUGAUAACUUAUACAUCCACUUCUUCAUGGAACUGCCCAAUAAUUGGUCCAGCUUACCAUUUCAGUCUCUCUCAGGAGUUACCCAGACCUGCCGUACCAAAACAUUAGGGAAGGAAAAUGUAGCUUUCUUCAGUUACCCCUUCAGCUUUGAGGCUUUCUACAUGUGUGAAAAGGAGGGUGAAGAGUUAAUUCCCCAGUGGCCAGUGCUCUACUUCAAGGUUCUUUCUCUGGACUCCUGGCAGCGCUAUCGAACUGAAGGCUAUGGCUAUCUGCUUUUUCCUGCCGUGUCUGGUAAACAUACAAUAACAUGCCAUACAUGGAGACCCCUUCAAACGGGGACUGUGUCUGCACUGAGGCGCUUCUUUAUUGGAGGUUCUCCGGAGCUUGAAGACCACAGUUACAUCAGAAUACCAGGGACCUUCAAGGGAGAGAGGCUGAGUCGCUUUGGCUUUUGCACUGAAACCACAGGAAGUGUGACCUUUAAUCUGCACUGCAUCCAGCAAGCCAGGGCCUUUGUUGAUGCCACCAUGCUGAAGAAGAGGAGGCAGAAAGUUUUUGACCAGCUGGGAGGCUUUAGCCAGCAAGGAUCUGUUUGCACCAUCCUGGAGGCCUUCCAGAGGGCGAGGAGGAAGAUGCAAGAUGCCAGAGAAAGUCUUCCCAAAGACCUCAUCAACACCACCUCCCAACACAGGAUCGAAUCCUCUGCGUAGGCUUGAGAAAGGGUGGACUGUCAUUUUGUAAAAUUUAUAUUUUUUUAAGCCAAAUGGCUUAGGAAAAAACUAUUUUGGGGUGACAUUACCAGCAAGUAAAAGUUGUCAUUUAAAAUAUUGCACAUUUACUGUGUUUUCCUAUCAACAGGACUAUAGUCUAAUGUAACGAGUCAGAGAGAAGAAAAGUGUCUGAUUGGUAUUUAUACUUUGUAAAGACAUGUUGGGAGGAGUACUGAAUAAGGAGCAAAGCCAAUAUGCCAAAUGAGUUUGGUAUCACUAUGCAUUGUAUUAUAUGUACAGUCAAUGUUUGUCUCAGAUUUGAGUAAAUACUCUCACAAGUUACAGACAGUGAGGCUUGUGAAAACUGAUAGAAAGAAAAUAAAACUGUUUUUAGAUUUGAA